AUGUUAUCAUUUGUAAGAACUUUUCGUCAAGCACAAAGAUCAACUGGACCUAAGUCUCAAAUCGGAGAAUUUCGUGUAUUACAAUUAACACAAUCAAAAGGUAGUGGAUCUGGUCCAAUGAAAAAACGUGGAAAACUAAAAUUUAAAGAGGUUCCACCACCACGUUAUUUACGUAUGUCAACUGAUCAAGAUUGGACAAAUGUUUGGCCAACAGCUACAACAUUUAAACAAAGUGUUGUACCAUUACCUAUAACUCAAGGUUAUGUUUCAUCGGAUAAUGAGAAUAAAGGUUUACCAGUAGAAAAAUAUGCUAAUGCUGAACUUAUGAAAAUUCCAAAUUUUUUACAUUUAACACCUAAUCAUAUAAAAAAACAUUGUGCUGCAAUUAAAAAAUAUUGUACACCAUGGCCAGAAGAAUUAAAUUCUGAUGAAGCAUGUGAAUAUUAUUUACCUAUAGAAAUAACAACAUAUGAUUAUCUUAAUUCAACACCAUCUAUACGAGAUUCUCGAGCUCGUGUUGUUAAAUUUCAGUUUAAAUUAACACAACUUGAAUUUGAUGAACAUGCUCGAGAUAAAUUUGUUCGUUUAGCCGGACAAAAAUACAAUGCAGAUAAGGAUGAACUUACUUUAAUUGCUGACAAAUGUCCGUAUCGAAAACAAAAUUAUGAUUAUGCUCAAUAUUUAUUAACAGCAUUGUAUUUUGAAUCUUGGAAAACUGAAAAUUGGGAAAAAGAUAGAACAAAGAAUGAUUGGCAAACAUAUUAUUGGGAUAAAAGUCCUUCACGUACUCGAUUACUUGAUAUACUCAAAGCUUCAGAGAAAGAUCCAAAAUCUGUUCUUGAUGAUAAUAAAAAACUCAUUGAACGAUAUCGUGCAAGUAUAAGUCGUGUUCAAGAUGAAGGUGUUGAAAAUGAAUUAAAAAAUUUAACAGAUUAUAAAAAUGAUGUACUCAUGUUAUACAAUCUAAAAUUAUAA